AUCGACCGGAUCCCCGCUAUGAUGCAGGUUGCACUUGGAAGCCUGUUGAUUGUUGUGACAGACUAUUGUCCUCAUACCACAGCUGCGCAGCCGCUGCGACACGAUGAAGCACUGCUCCGCCGUCCCAAGGCGACACGAUGAAGCACUGCUCUUCACAGUGAUGGAGACGUUUCUUCUGGAUGCGACCAGCGUUGGGCUGGUGGACGCUUUGCUCCAUCGCAGGUGCGGGUGCCUCAAUCUGGUUGGUUUUGUUGACAAAUCUCAAGCAAUGCUGCUCGACGUCACAUAUUUGGGCCCUGGAAUGGUAGCACGGGGCCCACCUGUCCGAAUCAAUCAGGACUUGCCUUCGAAGGCUGACUUCAGUCAGAGGCUGAUGCUGACAAAGGCAGGUUUAGCUACAAGCUCUGCUGCAGGGCCAAAGCGUGGCUGACCUAGUUCGAAAAGCAGAGCUUUGCUCAAG